ACUGCCGGCUGGAAACCGGGCGUCUGUCUCCCUGGGCCUCCCCAGUGGUCCCCUCUGAAAUGGGAGCGAGCCUUCCUGGAGACCGAGGUGCCCGGCAGGAGUCCUGGCUGAGGCCAUCAGGGAGUGGGCCAUGCCGGGGGCAGUGGAAGCCCCCAACUGGAAGCAGGCAGAGGACAUUAGGGACAUCUAUGACUUCCGCGAUGUUCUGGGCACGGGUGCCUUCUCUGAGGUCAUCCUGGCAGAAGAUAAGAGGACGCAGAAGCUGGUGGCCAUCAAAUGCAUAGCCAAGAAGGCCCUGGAGGGCAAGGAAGGGAGCAUGGAGAACGAGAUCGCUGUCCUGCACAAGAUCAAGCACCCCAACAUUGUAGCCCUGGAUGAUAUCUAUGAGAGUGGGGGCCACCUCUACCUCAUCAUGCAGCUGGUGUCGGGCGGGGAGCUGUUUGAUCGCAUUGUGGAGAAAGGCUUCUACACAGAGCGGGAUGCCAGCCGCCUCAUCUUCCAGGUGUUGGACGCUGUCAAGUACCUGCACGACCUCGGCAUUGUCCACCGGGACCUCAAGCCGGAGAAUCUGCUGUAUGACAACCUGGACGAAGACUCCAAGAUCAUGAUCUCAGACUUUGGCCUCUCCAAGGUGGAGGACCCGGGCAGCGUGCUCUCCACCGCCUGUGGGACCCCCGGAUACGUGGCCCCUGAAGUCCUAGCCCAGAAACCCUACAGCAAGGCUGUGGACUGCUGGUCCAUAGGGGUCAUCGCCUACAUCCUGCUCUGCGGUUACCCUCCCUUUUACGACGAGAACGAUGCCAAACUCUUUGAACAGAUUUUGAAGGCCGAGUAUGAGUUUGACUCUCCGUACUGGGACGACAUCUCUGAUUCUGGGGGUUCAGCCAAAGAUUUUAUCCGGCACUUGAUGGAGAAGGACCCAGAGAAGAGGUUCACGUGUGAGCAGGCCUUGCAGCACCCAUGGAUUGCAGGGGACACUGCUCUGGACAAGAAUAUCCACCAGUCGGUGAGUGAGCAGAUCAGGAAGAACUUUGCCAAGAGCAAGUGGAAGCAAGCCUUCAAUGCCACCGCCGUGGUACGGCACAUGCGGAAGCUACAGCUGGGCACCAGCCAGGAGGGGCAUGGGCAGACGGCAAGCCAUGGGGAGCUGUUGGCACCCACAGCUGGGGGGCCGGGGGCUGGCUGCUGCUGUCGGGACUGCUGUGUGGAGCCAGGGCCAGAACUACCCCCGCCGCUGCCCCCCCAGCUCUAGGACCUGGAGCCAGAGCCGGGACCCCCUGCCUGGGAGGGGCUGGGGACAGCUGACUUCCCUUCCCUCCCUGAACCGGGGAGUUCCCCUGUUCCACUCCACCUUACUCCCUUCCUGUUCUCCUUCAUUGCAUUUUCCAUACAAAUGUUUCUAUUUUAUUGUUCCUUCUUGUAAUAAAGGGAAGAGGAUAAAACCA